AGGGAGCAGCAUCCCAGACAGCGUGGGAGAGCUCAGCUGCAGUCACAAGGGGAAGCGCUGCUGGGCUCAGACAAGAUUAGGCUGUCCCUACUGGAAUAAGAGGAAGGAAGGUUACUGGACACCAUUGUUACAUUUACUCGGAUAAAUAAUUCUCUAGUUAUACAAUAAAGGACAAAGAUCAAGAAGGCAUAAAGACAGCAUGGCAGAAGCAGCCCAGUUGAAGGAAAUCCUCUCACAGUCUGGUAUGGGAGGCAGGCAGGAUUCAGGACCAAAUGUUAGACAGCCCAGAAUUAAGAAAAAUUCUGAGAAACAGAAGGAAAUGAAAACCAGACUCACCCACUGGGUCACAAAACGACCAACAUCAGGUAUUGUGGGACAGAAACUAACCCAGAGGAGAACUCUUUCAGACCUGGAUUUAAGUACCCACAAGAGUUUCUCACACAGGAUGUUUAUACAAAACCGACAGAGUGGAUGGAGCAACCACUAUGGUAGCCCACUGGGGUCUCACUCCAAGAUACCUGCAGAAUCCAGAUGCUACAGUGCUCCCCCAAAGCCAACAAUCAAACAAAACUCUGGAAGUGGAAAGCUGUACAGUCCUGUGACAAGAGGUGAAGACAGAAGUGUGGCCUACAGAAGGCACCACUCACAGCCAUCACCAGCUCAAAGACACAGUGCUUUCACCAGAUUUGGGGAGAAUAAGAGAGCAAUUUUGGGAGAGGGAGCUGAAUUCGUGUGGCCAAAGCAUCAUCAGCUAUGUCUACUGAGUUCCAGCUGGAGAAUUAUUCCUGGGGGAUGGCUGACCCCUGAAGAUCUGGAGAAGCAGCGAUAUCAAACCAUUGCAGAAUACCAGUUUAUGACUCCAGGAAAGACCUUUUACUAUUGUACGAGGGAGAAUGUGAAGCAGCAUUUGCGCUCCAUUUACCUAGCCCAUCAGCCAGGUCAGAAGCCACCUAAAUCAGCCCUUCAAGCAAACUGGCCUCCUGUUUGCUGCCAGGAGAAACACAGGACCCUCAGGAGAAAUCCACUCACUGGUGCCACCGGUGAGUUUCUGGGAGACGUCUCCAGCCUGUGCACAUCCCCCAUGCCACAUGGCAUGAUGGAGCUAGCACACAAGGUCAGCAAGUUAGCGCUUGUCAGCGAAAGAAUGCGUGUACAUGAAGAGAACUCCCCCAAGAGGAGAGCAGAGAAUCGAAGCCAUGUGCCGCUGCAGCCAAACACUGAAAAACCCAUCCUCUCAGCCAAUGAGCUCCAACCAAGCAGUGCAACGGAAGGAAAGGAAAGCAAGGAAGGGCAGGCCGUGGAACAGGAAUUCGACGUGAAUACAUUGCCCCAAGGUUCUGGUAUAAAGACGCUACAGGCUUUAAAAGCUGUUCAAGAAAUAAUCAACAAGGGAAGAGGGGGAUCAGGAAGGGAUCACACUGUUACCGCUCUGAAAAAGAAACCUGGCACUGGAAAUAGCCAGGCUCUGAAGAACAUCGUAGGGCGCAGUUUUAGCCAGGACUCAGCAGAUAGAAAGGAUACGGCUGAAGACUUAUUGAACCUCCCACAAAGCAGCAACUGUAAAGACACUGGGGUAGCUCAUGACAGCAAGGACAGUGCCAUCAUCAUCCCCACACUUGAUUGUCCACUCACGCCAGAUGAGAGCACAGACAUGGAAUUGCUACCCAAUGUGCAUUCAAGCAACUCUAAGCUUGCUGAAUCUCCAGCAGGGGAGAAGGGUCAGGUGUCUCAUCCCAGAACAGUAAGACCCAGUGACCUGUCUUUUACCUCACUAUGGGAAAAACCUUCUGGUGUUCUCAAACACUGCAUCUCCAUGGAGAAGGGCAGAUGCAGCACUCAUAGGCUCUUAGGAACCCUGCAAGGACCCUUGGACCCAGAGAAUGAAAAGGAUGUGUUCUGUAGUAUGGACAGUCUUUCUGUUCCCUUCCAAAGGAAGUGCCUGGGAACAGAAGUCCUCUUUUCAUUGUCCGACGAUGAUGAUGAGUAGAAGGAAGAGAGAUGGGAACCAGUGACGAAUACUUCAGCUGGGCCCCAGAAGCUGUUCGUAGUGACUGAGGGGGAAGUGGAAAGCUUGCUUUAAAGAAAAUGGAAGUAUUGGAAGCUAAGUAUCUUUGAGAAUAGAAACGUUGUCACUCGUUAUUAACUCUU